CGCUACACCAGUCGACACGACACGAAACGACACGACACGAUACCAUGGGCACGGGCGCAGCAAAAAAAACGAGCCACUCGUGGCACCGGUGGACGAUGCUAGCGACCGCCCUGUUGCUCCAAGGUUCUGCCACGGCGAAGGGGGUGGUCCAGCUCAAGCUGAACCCCCGCCACGUCGAACUGGAACGGCGGCGGCAGCGGGAGCGAAACCUCCAUCCGGUAGCGACCGCCAUUGAAGAAGAAGAUGAAGGACAACGGCACAACGAAGAACAGUAUCGCCGCCGCGGGAAAGCCCAGCAGGUCGGGGCCCUGUACGAGGUGAGCAGCUUGGUUGUUUGGCACGCUGUAGCAAGGAUUGUCGGAGGGCACCUGUGUUUUUUGUUGUUGUUGCUGCUGCUGCUGCGUGUUUGCGACUGCUUGUUUAGGUCCCAAACCAUUGCAUGACAUUGUUUUCUAAACCGAUUGGUUCUCUCUCGGCACGCGGUUCGAUGUCUUUGAUUGGAACGCUGUUCAUUGGAAUGAUAUUCAUUGGAAUGCAAUUCAUUGCAAUGCAAUGCAAUCCAAUCCAAAUCCGACGCAAUCCGCCACGAUGCAAUGCGUCAAUGCAUCACGCAACGCCGCGAUCUGCCGAUGGAUCGCGCGCAGGGCUACGGGACCCACUACAUCGAUCUCUGGGUCGGGACGCCCCCGCAGCGCCAGACGGUCAUCGUCGAUACGGGCAGCGGGAUCACGGCCUUUCCCUGCGGGGCCUGCAGCGAUUGCGGUGCCCCGAAAUACCACGUCGACGCCUUGUUUGUCGAGAAGGACUCGUCCUCCUUUGCGAAAUCCACCUGCGCCAGCAAAAGCGACUGCAUCAUGAGCCGGAGCUCCUGCAGCGGCGACAAGUGCCUGGUCAGCAUGGCCUACGCCGAGGGGAGCCGGUGGAACGCCUACGAGGCGGUCGACAGGUGCUACGUUGCGGGGCCCCACGAGACGCCACUGGUGGCCCCCGAGGGGGCGUCCCUGGAGGGAGACGACAUGAAUCCGAGGCACGCCGCCGAUCUGGCCUUUGACAUGACCUUUGGGUGCCAGACGCUCGUGACGGGCCUCUUCAAAACCCAGCUGGCCGACGGCAUCAUGGGCAUGUCCAACCAGGCAUCGACCUACUGGAGCCAGAUGUUCGAGGCCCAGAAGAUGGGACCCGACCGGCAGUUCGCGCUGUGCUUUUCGCGCCCCGUCCACAUCGCGAGGGAGGGAACCGAGGCCGGGGCCAUGACGCUGGGAGGCGUCGACACGCGGCUCCACCGGACGCCCAUGGUGUACACGCCCAACUUCAACACCGGACGGGCGACCUUUUUCAGCACCAGGAUCCGGCGGAUGAUGCUGCGAGACGGAAAGUACGGGACGAGUGUCCAGAGCACCGCCGACAAUCCCAACCUGGGGUUGACCGUUCUGGACAUCGACCCGUCCAUCCUCAACAAGGGCGGAACCAUUGUCGACAGCGGAACGACGGACACCUAUUUCAACUCGGCCAUUGGGGGAGAAUUCAAGCGGGUCUUUCGAAAAAUUACGGGAAGAGAGCACACCAACAGCGGGCUCGACCUGACCGAGGAAGAAGUGUUGGCGUUGCCGACCAUUCUCAUUCAGCUCAUCAGCAACGACGAGACGAACGGCCACGUGGACGACAUGUUCCACACGCCGGGCCUGGCGGGUGCCAUGGACAAACCGAACAAGUCGGACGUAAUCCUGGCCAUUCCUCCCACCCACUACAUGGAGUACGACGAGAAAUCCAAAAAAUACACCUCGCGGUUUUACACCACCGAACGAUCCGGAAACGUCCUGGGAGCCAAUGCCAUGAUGGGACACGACAUCUUUUUCGACGUCGACACCAAGCGGAUCGGCUGGGCGGAGAGCGACUGCGACUACACCGCCAAGGUCCGCGAGAACGGCUACGACUUUGACAUCACCGGCGAGCUGAAAAAGGCCGAGGCCGCGGGAACCGCCGCCAAGGAAUCCAAAGAAUGCUCUUCGAUCUCGAGCGGGGCAAAAUGCCAAAAGGUCGAGGGCUGCACCUGGGGCUGGGGCAAGUGCAGCAAGGUCGGCGAUGCCCCUCCGAAAGAAACACCGGAGGAACCCAAAGAAACACCAGCAGAAACCAAAGAAACACCAGCGGAACCAAAGCCAACACCAGCGCCAUUAACACCAGAUUACAUGGUGCAAGAAAUUCCCCCACUUCGCACCUGGGUGGAAGAUCAUUUGGUCGCAAUCGGAUCGUUUGUCGUCUUGUCUCUCCUCUUGUGUUGCAUUUAUUGCUUGUUUUGCCGCAGUGAGAGUAGCCGUGGAAGAUACGAAAAGGCGUCGCUCGAACCGGUAUCGAUCGAAAUGAGGAAUGGCAACGGAAUGAGGAAGAUUCAGUCCUUCCAGGAUGAACCUGAUGACGAUGACUCCCACGUCGAAAAUGGCAAUGGCUCCAAAUUCCGAGACGAACCGGAAUUCGAGGGAGAUUUCAUGUAAGCCAAAGUCACGGAAUCGAUACGUCCAUUCGCUUGCUCCUCCCAUAUCGGGAAUGAUCAUGACCCACAACAUAUCAUGCGAUACAAACAGCACAGCACAGCACAACAUAGCACCAAUCUAGAACAAACCCAUGAAGUAAACAAAACAUUAUUUG